AUGUUUAAUUCUGGUCAAGUUUUGAAUGAUGGACUUUCUAGUAUCAAUGCUACUAAAGUGGAAGAUUUAGAUAAUGCUUGUAAAAACUUGAGAUUAGGAAAGGAAUGUCUACGUGAAGUUUGGGAAUCAAGUUACCUAUUUCUCUCCAGUAAACAUAAGAAACACCUGACAUUGGGGAAAGAGAGAGAGAUGCAGACACACAAUAAAAACGAUGAAAGAUGGCUACCAAGGGAAAUACGCAUUUUUGCCGUUGUUUAUAGGGAGCCAUAUAAUGAGGUGUACAGUAUAAAUAAUCCAGAGGAACCUUUGACUCAUUUUGAAAGGUUACAUGAAAUCUGUCUCAAGUACUUCAACAGCAGUCUCACGCCAAUUAAAGUACAUAUUUUGGAAAUUUUGCUGCAGUUUAUGCACAAGAAAAACACUGUAGGUGCAAAAUGGGGAAGACUUCUGAAAACGUCCUCGGACAUUAAUGAAGCGUAUUUUUACCAAUUUUGUAUUAUGUCUGCUGGGUGGGGUGAAUUUUACUCUGAAGGUUACUGCAACACAUCGUUAUUGUUCCUAGACUUUUCCAAAUCCAUGUUUAUGGAAUGCUUAGGUUCAAUCAUUGUAAAGUUGCCACCAAGGAGGCUGUUUUUGACAAGGUGGUUUUUACUACAACCAUUUAGUAUGUACUGUCUUUUCAUUAGUGAACUUGGGCGUUUGGAUCUUACGUAUAACUUUGUAGAAUCUAUAAUCGUGAUGGCUUUAAACAUUCAAAAAAUAUUGAAAGUAACAAGACUUUUUAAAGGAAGAGAAAUGGAACUAAGACGGUGCCGAUAUUUUAUGACGUUAAAUUUAAUCGUGCAUUUCAAACCCGUUUUUUGGCUAAAUGGUAAAAAUGAUUUCAAAAGUUUAAGUAGACAUUAA